AUGUAUGCCGUGUACCGCCAAGCUCACUCCCCCACCGCCAUCGAGUUCUCUGUCUACUGUAACUUCAUCUCCAACGAGGAGAAGAACCUGGUCGUCGCUGGAACAUCUCAGCUUUACGUCUACAGGAUCAUUCACGAUGUGGAGGUAAAGUAACUCUUAGCUAUGUUCAUCUUUCAUUCCUCGAUCACUGAUAAAAAGUACAAUGAGAGCAAUUUAAAUAAAGAUUGUAGCUACCUGUCGUGGGCAACUUUUCUUCUUGAAAUCCAGCUUACAUUCACAUCUUUCUCUUCAUAUUUCAGAAUGCUUCAAAGACAGACAAAUCAACAGGUAUGUCCAAAACUGCCUUGCACUCUAGCAACAUUCUGAUGAGAGAAGAGCUAUUCAGGUGGAAAUCCGAGACCUAGGGGCCGGGCAACAGCACUAUGCUAAGUUCCACUAUACUGGAACAUUGGUAACAUUGUGGGAGCCAACAUGUCUGUCUAGAAAGACUAGUGAACCACUGACUGUAUGCUAUUAUUAUGUUGUCAGCCUUCCUUAGACAUGCACGUGUCAACAUUACAGACCAUCUCUGACACCUGAUUUCUUCUUUGACACUUCCUUGAUCUCUUCCUUGUCCUCUGCAGGUGUCAAGAGUCGUAAGGAGAAGCUGGAGCAGGUGGCCUGUUUCUCCCUGUUCGGUAACGUCAUGUCCAUGGCCUCUGUUCAGCUAGUAGGAGCCAACAGAGACGCUCUCCUGCUCAGCUUCAAAGAUGCUAAGGUACCUGAGACAUCUUGAUUGAUUGUUAUACUAAUCCUAAACUCACAGCUUUCAUAUUCCAGGUUACUUUGGCCUACUUUAUUCUUUCAAUAUCCAUUUAUCAUGUGUCAGUAGCAGUACGUAGUAGGUGCAAGCAGUCUACCCUAUAAAAUGUCUGACUGCUGUUUACAAUGUCCUGGUUGUUUACUCCAGCUGUCAGUGGUGGAGUAUGAUCCAGGAACACAUGAUCUGAAGACUCUCUCGCUUCACUUCUUUGAGGAGCCAGAGCUGAGGGUAAGAGGAAAUUAACUGUGCUUGAAAAACAUUCAAAGACAUACACUGCAAAUCACUACCAAAAUGAGCAUAUAUGAAAAAUUAUUGUUGUAUCUUCAGGAUGGGUUUGUCCAGAACCUGCACAUCCCCAUGGUCCGUGUGGACCCAGAGAACCGCUGUGCUGUGAUGCUGGUGUAUGGAACUCAGCUGGUGGUGCUGCCAUUCAGAAAAGACACACUUACUGAUGAACAGGAGGGAGUAGUGGAAGGGUAUGUAGAUAUAUUGAAUUUCAUUGUUUGAUUCAUUUAUCUAGGAUAGUCCACUGAGUAACAUCUGCUACAGUUUUUUUCCCAGGGAGUCCUACAAUCCAUAGCAUCUUGUAGUGAUAUUUAGGAUACCUAUAGCAAUGCACUUAGGUUAUUAUCAAAUAAAAUCAACUUUUAUUAUCAAAUAAACUAAACAUUUGAGUUGUAAUAACAGUUUUUUUAUGUUUUGGAUUUGAUAAUUUCUUAUCAGCCAUCUUGCCUCGUGUUUUUCUUUUACCACCCAUGCAGGCCAAAGUCCAGCUUUCUUCCCAGCUAUAUCAUAGAUGUCCGUGAGCUGGAUGAGAAGCUUCUGAACAUCGUAGAUAUGAAGUUCCUCCACGGUUACUAUGAGCCCACAUUGCUCAUCCUGUAUGAGCCCAACCAGACGUGGCCUGGGUCAGUACACCACAACAGCACCUGUCCUCUCUGUUCCUCCUGUCUGUCUAAGGAGACCUCCCACCCCGAAACAAAGGUCUGCUGACCGAGUUAACAUGAAGAAGGCUAUUGAACUUAGCCGCUUGUUGGAACUUAGCCAUGUCUUGUUCAGACCUGUUUAUGACUGGUAAUAUUGUGGUGUGUAACUCUAGUCUGACCAUGUCCUCCUCCUCCAGGCGUGUAGCAGUGAGACAGGACACCUGCAGUAUUGUAGCCAUCUCUCUCAACAUCAUGCAGAAGGUUCAUCCUGUCAUCUGGUCCCUCAGCAACCUGCCUUUUGACUGCACACAGGUCAUGGCUGUGCCCAAGCCCAUUGGUAAUCCCUCACUUACUGGGUUCAUACUGUAUGUUCAGCGUUACAGAUGGAGACUUGUAUGAUCAGUUUAUAGAUCAUAUCAUGACUCAAAAUAUGAAUUUAUUCCUGUUGUGUUUCUAGGUGGUGUGGUGGUGUUUGCUGUCAACUCCCUGUUAUACCUCAACCAGAGUGUUCCUCCAUAUGGCGUGUCACUCAACACACAGACCACUGGGACCACCGCCUUCCCCCUGCGUAAGUACUGACUGAGGACUAUAGUACACAUUGUUCUCAAGCUCACUCCAUAUAGAAAGCAAAGCAGCCUAGUUAAUAUUCCUAAGAAAUGUAUACCAUGCCUAGGAAAGUAAUUUGGUCAAAUCAAAUAUUAUUUGUCACAUGCGCUGAAUACAACAGGUGUAGACCUUACUGUUAAAUGCUUACUUACAAGCCCUUAACCAACAAUGCCAUUUUAAGAAAAUAAGAGUUAAGAAAAGAUUGACUAAACUAAAGUAAAAAAGUAACACAGUAAAAUAACAAUAACGAGGCUAUAUACAGGGGAGUACCGAGUCAAUUUGCGGAGGUACAGGUUAGUCGAGGUAAUUGGGGUAAUAUGUACAUGUAGGUAGAGGUAAAGUGACUAUUCAUAGAUAAUAAACAGCGAGUAGCAGCAGUGUAAAAACAAAAGGGGGGGGUCAAAUGUAAAUAGUCCGGGUGGCCAUUUUAUUAAUUGUUCAGCAGUCUUAUGGCUUGGGGGUAAAGGCUGUUAAGGAGGCUUUUGGACCUUUUGGAGCAGUUGCCAUACCAGGCGGUGAUGCAACCGGUCAGGAUGCUGUUGAUGGUGCAGCUGUAGAACUUUUUGAGGAUCUGGGGAACCAUGCCAAAUCUUUUCAUUCUCCUGAGGGGGAAUAUGCGUUGUCUUGCCCUCUUCACGACUGUCUUUGUGUGUUUGGACCAUGAUAGUUUGUUGGUGAUGUGGACACCAAGGAACUUGAAGCUCUCGACACGCUCCACUACAGCCCCGUCGAUGUGAAUGGGGGCGUGUUCAGCCCUCCUUUUUCUGCCAGGUCUCGGACCUCCCUAUAGGCUGUCUCAUCGUUGUCGGUGAUCAGGCCUACCACUGUUGUGUCGUCAGCAAACUUAAUGAUGGUGUCGUGCUUAAGCUGCAAUAUACCUGCAGGUAUAAAGCUUUAUAACGUGUUGUAAGCAUGUAUGAGCCUUUGUCUUCUAAUAAGGCUGUGUGUUGGUGUUUCAGGUAUACAGGAGGAGGUGAAGAUCACACUAGAUUGUUCCCAGUCCACCUUCAUCGGCUCUGAUAAGAUGGUCAUCUCUCUGAAAGGAGGAGAGAUGUGAGUAAAGAAUAGAACAGUUGCGAUGGGAUUUAUUAGCUAUAUUUAUUUUCCAUAAAUGCUUUAUUAGACCUUGUUAAAGCUAUGUUCUGUGCCCUCAAAUCAGUGUGGUAUAGUAAAAAUAACUGCAUUGUAUUUAGUCAUGACCUUGUAAGAGUCAUGCCUUGACUAUGUGCCUGUCUCCUCUCUGCAGCUAUGUGUUGACCCUGAUCACUGAUGGCAUGAGAAGUGUCCGGGCCUUCCACUUUGACAAGGCUGCUGCCAGCGUCCUCACCACCUGUGUAAGUAGCAAACAGUAGCUGUGUGUGUGUGUGGCAGCAUGAGUUUACUGUGAGGACAGUGUGCUGACACAGGCCUCUGGCCCUCCAGGGGAAAGUCUUAUGGACAGAUGCCGUUCCAGACGCAUUACACACACACACACACACACACACACACACACACACACACACACACACACACACAUAAUAUGUGCUGACAGCAACCCUUACUUGACAGUUUAAUGCAUUAUGCGCAAACUUAUGUACAGCGGGAGGGGAGAGAAAGCGGGAAGAGAGCGCAUUAUUGAGAGUUUUUGGCAUAGAAGGACUGGUAUACACACACAGACACACACACUUAGUGUUGAAGAGAGCAGUGCAGUGAUAUUCUCAGUCUGCUGCCAGCCGUUGGCAAAGAGAGAACUGGUCAUGGAGGAGCUGUGGAAGCAUAGAGGUUCCCCACCUAUAACCCCUGUCUCUGCUCCUCCUCUCACCCCCUGUCUCUUCUCCUCCUCUCACCCCCGUCUCUUCUCCUCCUCUCACCCCCGUCUCGUCUCCUCCUCUUCAACCCCGUCUCGUCUCCUCCUCUUCACCCCCGUCUCGUCUCCUCCUCUUCACCCCCGUCUCUUCUCCUCCUCUUCACCCCCGUCUCUUCUCCUCCUCUUCACCCCCGUCUCUUCUCCUCCUCUUCACCCCCGUCUCUUCUCCUCCUCUUCACCCCCGUCUCUUCUCCUCCUCUUCACCCCCGUCUCUUCUCCUCCUCUUCACCCCCGUCUCUUCUCCUCCUCUUCACCCCCGUCUCUUCUCCUCCUCUUCACCCCCGUCUCUUCUCCUCCUCUUCACCCCCGUCUCUUCUCCUCCUCUUCACCCCCGUCUCUUCUCCUCCUCUUCACCCCCGUCUCUUCUCCUCCUCUUCACCCCCGUCUCUUCUCCUCCUCUUCACCCCCGUCUCUUCUCCUCCUCUUCACCCCCGUCUCUGCUCCUCCUCUUCACCCCCGUCUCUGCUCCUCCUCUUCACCCCCGUCUCUGCUCCUCCUCUUCACCCCCGUCUCUGCUCCUCCUCUUCACCCCCGUGUCUGCUCCUCCUCUUCACCCCUGUGUCUUCUCCUCCUCUUCACCCCUCUGCCUCGUCCCCCCAGAUGAUGACCAUGGAGCCUGGGUAUCUGUUCCUGGGGUCCCGGCUGGGAAACAGCCUUUUGCUGAAAUACACAGAGAAGUACCAGGAGAAUCCAGAGAAACCAACAGUGGAGGAGGACAAAGAGAAGGAAGAGGAGACCGAUGAGGAGAAGCAGGUGAGUUGGUUUGGAUUUUAGUUGAUAUGUAGAUAUUCUCUUCCGUCUGGUCCCUGUGGCAUAUUGCUGUGAGUGAUUCUGUCAAAAAUGUAAAGAUUCCAUAGAUGUAUAGAUUCUAGUUGAGGCAUAAGUGAUCAAAUUGAGCUUCAAAAUGUAGCCAAUUGUAAAAAAAAAUAUUUUAUUUCACCUUUAUUUAACCAGGUAAGCCAGUUGAGAACAAGUUCUCAUUUACAACUGCGACCUGGCCAAGAUAAAGUGCGAUAAAAACAACAACAGAGUUACAUAUGGGGUAAACAAAACAACAUAUGGGGUAAAAAAUGCAACAGAAAAUAUAUAUACAGUGUGUGCGAAUGUAGUAAGUUAUGGAGGUAAGGCAAUAAAUAGGCCAUAGUGCAAAAUAGUUAAAAUUUCGUAUUAACACUGGAAUGAUAGAUGUGCAAAUAGAGAUACUGGGGUGCAAAUUAACAAAAUAAAUAACAAUAUGGGGAUGAGGUAGUUGGGUGGGCUAAUUUCAGAAAGGCUGUGUACAGGUGCAGUGAUCGGUAAGCUGCUCUGACAACUGACGCUUAAAGUUAGUGAGGGAGAUAAGUCUCCAGCUUCAAAGAUUUUUGCAGUUCGUUCCAGUCAUUGGCAGCAGAGAACUGGAAGGAAUGGCGGCCAAAGGAGGUGUUGGCUUUGGGGAUGACCAGUGAGAUAUACCUGCUGGAGCGCAGACUACGGGUGGGUGUUGCUAUGGUGACCAGUGAGCUAAGAUAAGACAGGGAUUUUCCUAGCAGUGAUUUAUAGAUGACCUGGAGCCAGUGGGUUUGGCGACGAAUAUGUAGUGAGGGCCAACCAACGAGAGCGUACAGGUCACAAUGGUGGGUAGUAUAUGGGGCUUUGGUGACAAAACGGAUGACACUGUGAUAGACUACAUCCAAUUUGCUGAAUAGAGUGUUGGAGGCUAUUUUGUAAAUGACAUCGCCGAAGUCAAGGAUCGGUAGGAUAGUCAGUUUUACGAGGGCAUGUUUGGCAGCAUGAGUGAAGGAGGCUUUGUUGCGAAAUAGGAAGCCGAUUCUAGAUCUAACUUUUGAUUGGAGAUGCUUAAUGUGAGUCUGGAAGGAGAGUUUACAGUCUAACCAGACACCUAGGUAUUUGUAGUUGUCCACAUACUCUAGGUCAGACCCGCCGAGAGUAGUGAUUCUAGUCGGGUGGGCGGGUGCAAGCAGCGUUCGGUUGAAGAGCAUGCAUUUAGUUUUACUAGUGUUUAAGAGUAGUUGGAGGCUACGGAAGGAGUGUUGUAUGGCGUUGAAGCUCGUUUGGAGGUUUGUUAACAGUGUCCAAUGAAGGGCCAGAUGUAUACAAAAUGGUGUCGUCCGCAUAGAGGUGGAUCCGAGCGUCACCAGCAGCAAGAGCGACAUCAUUGAUAUACAGUGGGGGGAAAAAAGUAUUUAGUCAGCCACCAAUUGUGCAAGUUCUCCCACUUAAAAAGAUGAGAGAGGCCUGUAAUUUUCAUCAUAGGUACACGUCAACUAUGACAGACAAAUUGAGAGAAAAAAAUCCAGAAAAUCACAUUGUAGGAUUUUUAAUGAAUUUGUUUGCAAAUUAUGGUGGAAAAUAAGUAUUUGGUCACCUACAAACAAGCAAGAUUUCUGGCUCUCACAGACCUGUAACUUCUUCUUUAAGAGGCUCCUCUGUCCUCCACUCGUUACCUGUAUUAAUGGCACCUGUUUGAACUUAUCAGUAUAAAAGACACCUGUCCACAACCUCAAACAGUCACACUCCAAACUCCACUAUGGCCAAGACCAAAGAGCUGUCAAAGGACACCAGAAACAAAAUUGUAGACCUGGACCAGGCUGGGAAGACUGAAUCUGCAAUAGGUAAGCAGCUUGGUUUGAAGAAAUCAACUGUGGGAGCAAUUAUUAGGAAAUGGAAGACAUACAAGACCACUGAUAAUCUCCCUCGAUCUGGGGCUCCACGCAAGAUCUCACCCCGUGGGGUCAAAAUGAUCACAAGAACGGUGAGCAAAAAUCCCAGAACCACACGGGGGGACCUAGUGAAUGACCUGCAGAGAGCUGGGACCAAAGUAACAAAGCCUACCAUCAGUAACACACUACGCCGCCAGGGACUCAAAUCCUGCAGUGCCAGACGUGUCCCCCUGCUUAAGCCAGUACAUGUCCAGGCCCGUCUGAAGUUUGCUAGAGUGCAUUUGGAUGAUCCAGAAGAGGAUUGGGAGAAUGUCAUAUGGUCAGAUGAAACCAAAAUAGAACUUUUUGGUAAAAACUCAACUCGUCGUGUUUGGAGAACAAAGAAUGCUGAGUUGCAUCCAAAGAACACCAUACCUACUGUGAAGCAUGGGGGUGGAAACAUCAUGCUUUGGGGCUGUUUUUCUGCAAAGGGACCAGGACGACUGAUCUGUGUAAAGGAAAGAAUGAAUGGGGCCAUGUAUCGUGAGAUUUUGAGUGAAAACCUCCUUCCAUCAGCAAGGGCAUUGAAGAUGAAACGUGGCUGGGUCUUUCAGCAUGACAAUGAUCCCAAACACACCGCCCGGGCAACGAAGGAGUGGCUUCGUAAGAAGCAUUUCAAGGUCCUGGAGUGGCCUAGCCAGUCUCCAGAUCUCAACCCCAUAGAAAAUCUUUCGAGGGAGUUGAAAGUCCGUGUUGCCCAGCGACAGCCCCAAAACAUCACUGCUCUAGAGGAGAUCUGCAUGGAGGAAUGGGCCAAAAUACCAGCAACAGUGUGUGAAAACCUUGUGAAGACUUACAGAAAACGUUUGACCUGUGUCAUUGCCAACAAUGGGUAUAUAACAAAGUAUUGAGAAACUUUUGUUAUUGACCAAAUAGUUAUUUUCCACCAUAAUUUGCAAAUACAUUCAUAAAAAAUCCUACAAUGUGAUUUUCUGGAUUUUUUUUCCUCAUUUUGUCUGUCAUAGUUGACAUGUACCUAUGAUGAAAAUUACAGGCCUCUCAUCUUUUUAAGUGGGAGAACUUGCACAAUUGGUGGCUGACUAAAUACUGUUUUCCCCCACUGUACACAGAGAAUAGAGUCGGCCCGAGAAUUGAACCCUGUGGCACCCCCAUAGACGGCCAGAGGUCCAGACAACAGGCCCUCCGAUUUGACACAUUGAACUCUAUCUGAGAAGUAGUUGGUGAACCAGGCGAGGCAGUCAUUAGAGAAACCAAGGCUAUUUAGUCUGCCAAUAAGAAUGCGGUGGUUGACAGAGUCGAAAGCCUUGGCCAGGUCGAUGAAGACGGCUGCGCAGUACUGUCUUUUAUCGAUCGCGUUUAUAAUAUCGUUUAGGACCUUGAGCGUGGCUGAGGUGCACCCAUGACCAGCUCGGAAACCGGAUUGCAUAGCGGAGAAGGUUUGUUAACUUGGCUUUCAAAUACUUUCGAAAGGCAGGGCAGGAUGGAUAUAGGUCUAUAACAGUUUGGAUCUAGAGUGUCACCCCCUUUUGAAGAGGGGGAUGACCGCGGCAGCUUUCCAAUCUCUGGGGAUCUCAGACGUUACGAAAGAGAGGUUGAACAGGCUAGUAAUAGGGGUUGCGACAAUUUCGGCGGCUAAUUUUAGAAAGAAAGGGCCCAGAUUGUCUAGCCCAGCUGAUUUGUAGGGGUCCAGAUUUUUCAGCUCUUUCAGAACAUCAGCUGUCUGAAUUUGUGUGAAGGAGAAGCGGGGGGGCAUGGGCAAGUUGCAGCGGAGGGUGCAGAGUUGGUGGCCGGGGUAGUGGUAGCCAGGUGGAAAGCAUGGCCAGCCGUAGCAAAAAGUUUGUUGAAAUUCUCGAUUAUUGUAGAUUUAUCGGUGGUGACAGUGUUUCCUAGCCUCAGUGCAGUGGGCAGUUGGGAGGAGGUGCUCUUAUUUUCCAUGGACUUUACAGUGUCCCAAAACUUUUUGGAGUUAGUGCUACAGGAUGCACAUUUCUGUUUGAAAAAGCUAGUCUUUGCUUUCCUAACUGAUUGUGUAUAUUGGUUCCUGACUUCCCUAAAAAGUUGCAUAUCGCGGGGGCUGUUCGAUGCUAAUGCAGUACGCCACAGGAUGUUUUUGUGCUGGUCAAGGGCAGUCAAGUCUGAGGAGAACCAGGGGCUAUAUCUGUUCUUAGUUCUGAAUUUUUUUGAAUGGGGCAUGCUUAUUUAAGAUUGAGAGGAAAGCACUUUUAAAGAACAACCAGGCAUCCUCUACUGCGGAAUGAGGUCAAUAUCCAUCCAGGAUACCCGGGCCAGGUCAAUUAGAAAGGCCUGCUCGCUGAAGUGUUUUAGGGAGCGUUUGACAGUGAUGAGGGGUGGUCGUUUGAUCGCGGACCCAUUACGGACGCAGGCAAUAAGGCAGUGAUUGCUGAGAUCCUGGUUGAAGACAGCGGAGGUGUAUUUAGAGGGUAAAUUUGUCAGGAUGAUAUCUAUGAGGGUGCCCAUGUUUACAGAUUUAGGGUUGUACCUGGUAGGUUCGUUGAUAACUUGUGUGAGAUUGAGGGCAUCUAGUUUAGAUUGUAGGUUGGCCGGGGUGUUAAGCAUAUCCCAGUUUAGGUCACCAAGCAGUACGAACUCUGAGGAUAGAUGGGGGGGCAAUCAGUUCACAUAUGGUGUCCAGGGCACAGCUCGGGGCUGAGGGGGGUCUGCAGCAAGUGGCAAUAGUGAGAGACUUAUUUCUGGAAAGGUGGAUUUUUAGAAGUAGAAGCUCAAACUGUUUGGGCACAGACCUGGAUAGUAUGAUAGAGCUCUGCAGGCUAUCUCUACAGUAGAUUGCAACCCCACCCCCUUUGGCAGUUCUAUCGAGACGGAAAAUGUUGUAGUUGCAUCCUAAGCCAGGAUUCAGACACUGCUGGAACAUCAGGGUUGGCGGAGUGUGCUGGCGGGGUGUGCUAACGCAGUGAAUACAUCAAACUUAGGGAGGAGGCUUCGGAUGUUAACGUGCAAGAAACCAAGGCUUUUACGAUUACAGAAGUAAACAAAUGAUAACCCCUGGGGAGUAGGAGUGAUACUAGGGGGCUACAGGGCCUGGGUUAACCUCUACAUCACCAGAGGAACAGAGGAGGAGUAGAAUAAGGAUACGGCUAAAGGCUUUAAGUACUGGUCUUCUAGUGCAUUGGGUACAGAGAAAAAAAGGGGCAGGUUUCCGGGAAACCUAAGAGUUGGGUAACGAUGAAAGAGAUAGUAUCACUGGAGGCAUCGAUUGAGUCGGUCUCCGCGUGUAUGGGGGGUGGGACAAAGGAGCUAUCUAAGGCAGGUUUAGCUGGGCUGGGGGAUGGAUGUUGACGUCGCCAAAAGAGGAUGAUUCAUUUUGUGGUUUAAAAAAAAAGUAGCAGUCGUUGUCCUUGAAUAGCUUCUGUGCUCGUGUUCCACCUAUAAACCACCUUUUAGCACUUCAACUGCUGUUGUGACUAUACUUUGACUAUCAGUUGUGGAAAUAUGACACUUAAUAUGUGAUGUUUUAUUGUCACAUACACCGGAUAGGUGCAGUGAAAUGUGUUGUUUUCCAGGGUCAGCCAUAGAAGUACGGCCCCCCUGGACCAAAUUAGGGUUAAGUGCCUUGCUCAAGGGCACAUCGGCAGAUUUUUCACCUUGUCGGCUCGGGUAUUCAAACCAGCAUCCUUUCGGUUGCUGGCCCAACGCUCUUACCGCUAGUCUACCAGCCACCCAUUGUCCAUUUUGUAAAUAAAAAUGCUAAAUGAAUUGCUGAUACACAUUCCUAUGUAUGUAUUCUGAUAUAAAUUGCAUAAUGAACUUGAUAAUAAUUCCAGGAGGAACCUCCGAGUAAAAAGAAGAGGGGUGAUUCCUCUACCAACUUGACAGGUAUUUGGACAGUUGGUGUAUUACAAUGUCUUGGUUGUGUGUUGCAUAUUACCCUUCUUUACAUAUGUAUGGAACUAACUGAGGUGAUAAGGUCACCUAUAAUAAUGUUUUUAUAUUUAUAAAUUACGUGUUUCCUCCCAUGUCCUCUGUCCAGCUGGUAAGAACCAACUGCCUGAUGAGGUAGAUGAAAUUGAGGUGUACGGGAGCGAGGCGGCGUCUGGCACUCAGUUGGCCACCUACUCCUUUGAGGUAGGACCCCUUGUUACCCCCAGCUGAAGCUUUAUCAUUUCAUUAUUCAUAUUCCUCUAGUCUUGGUUAUUGCAGACUUUACAAUAUGGUUUUGGUAUGUUUGGCUCCAGGUGUGUGACAGCAUAUUGAACAUCGGACCUUGUGCUGGUGCAUCCAUGGGGGAGCCAGCCUUCCUCUCUGAAGAGGUACUAAAACACUUUAACUUUCAUUCCAGAUCGCCAGUCUUUCCGGUCAUGAUGUCCAUCAUGGCUGUGUUGUAUUUCUGAAAGCACUGAUCAAUAUCUAAUACCUCUAGCAAGGUAUUUUCUCAAGCACUUGCUAUGCAAACAGUAAGACCCACUAAGCCCUGUGUCUGGUGUUUCUGUGUCCACAGUUCCAGACCAACCCAGAGCCUGACCUGGAGAUAGUGGUGUGUUCUGGCUUUGGGAAGAACGGGGGUCUGUCUGUGCUUCAGGUAAAUACUCUACUUUUUGUAUUUCUGUGCAAGUGCAUGCGUGUGGCUGCACUGUUCUAAGACCUGUGGUGGCGAGGCCUAUCUACCUCAGGUUCAGUGACGGUGCUACAGAGAACAACCACUCUGGGUUUACCAGGGCUGCUGCCUCAGAGAUCAAUGGAGCAGCUUAUAAACCACCCAGACACACUUAUACAUGCAUUCAAGUAAAGAGCAUUGUGAAGAGUUAUAGAUUACUGCACUGAUAGUUCAUGGCAACGUGGCGCAUUAGCAUGGCGUAGCUGCCGGAAAACAAUGGGAAGAGCUAAUAUUUUCAGAGUCAGCUUUGAGAGUGGAUGAUUCAGUUAUUCCUUCUGGCCAUUGUUCUGUAGUUAUUGAUGACUGUUUUGUCUGGCCCAUUCCCAUCCCAGAGGAGCAUCCGUCCCCAGGUGGUCACUUACUCCUAGGGGUCAUAGUUCUGUUAUUGAUCAUUGAUGAUCGUUUUUUGUCCUGGCCCCUCCCAGAGAAGCAUCCGCCCCCAGGUGGUCACCACCUUUGAGCUGCCAGGUUGCCAUGACUUGUGGACUGUCAUCUCCAAUGAGGUCAAGGAGAAAGACAAGGAGAAAGACAAGCCUCCUGCAGCUGAUGGGAGAGGGUGAGACCCCUGAGGAAGAGGAGGAGAAGACGGAGCCUGCGCCAGUGGAGGACGACAAGAAAAAACAUGGCUUCCUGAUUCUCAGCAGAGAGGACUCCACCAUGGUACACCCACACCUCCCACCGCAUCUCUACACAGUACAGUACACACGCUGCACCCCGAGACACACUCUGCUCUACACAGCAGUCUGAAAGGGAGCUUGUUCCUCUCUUACAGUGCUCCAGCAUGUUUAGAUUGAGCCUGUAAUGUUGAUUGAGUUAAGGGUAAUGAUUGAGGUUUAUUGACGUUAACUGGAACCCCUCCUGUGUGGUUCUCUAGAUCCUGCAGACGGGUCAGGAGAUCAUGGAGCUGGACACCAGUGGUUUCGCCACCCAGGGACCCACUGUGUUCGCUGGGAACAUCGGAGACAACAAAUACAUCAUCCAGGUCUCCCCCAUGGGUAUACGGCUACUGGAAGGAGGUAGAGAGAUCUGUCCGUCUUUCAAUAAAAGAAGAAAAUAAUCCAUGAUACUCUGUGUCCCUACCUCUAACUCAUCCUCUCUUUAACUGACUGUCAAGCACUUUGUGACAACUGUCAAUGUAAAAAGCGCUUUAGAAUUGCAUUUCAUUGAUUGACGUUCCUUCCAGUGACCCAGCUGCACUUCAUCCCGGUGGACCUGGGUUCUCCCAUAGUGCAGUGCUCCGUAGCGGACCCCUAUGUGGUGAUCAUGACGGCCGACGGAGUGGUCACCAUGUUCGUCCUGAAGACCGACUCCUACAUGGGCAAGACCCACCGCUUGGCCCUGCAGAAACCCCAUAUAGCUUCUGUGAGUCACGGUACAACACUACGUAACACAACACAUUACACUACAGCCUGGCCCUGCAGAAACCACAUAUAGCUGCUGUGAGUCACGGUCAUAUCCUACACUGUACAACUAAGUCAGGCAGUAUUACAACACAACCCGAUGGAUGAAUUAGUGAAAAAAUAUGAUUCUCAGACCGGUGACAGACAAUCUCUCUCUCUCUCCCCGCCCGUACAGCAACCCUGUGUGAUCACGCUGUGUGCGUUCCGUGAUGUCAGCGGGAUGUUCACCACAGAGAACAAGCAGACCUGUCACACCGAGGAUCAAGACACCAUGUUCAAGAGCCAAUCAGAGACCGAGACCAUUAUACAGGACCUCAGGUAAGAGCCAAUCAUAUAGGACCUCAGGUAGGAUGUUUUUGAAUAAAGUAUAUCGUUUUGAACUGAAGAAUGAGAGCUAUACCAACUUUCCCUAUGGACACUUUUUUUGGGGGGUGGCUGCAUCUCGUCUCUUAGUCAGUGGAAGCACUGUCUCACCUCAGAGUUUAGCAGUAAACCUCUCUCCCAUGUCUCCUCUUUAGUAACACAGUGGAUGAUGAGGAGGAGAUGUUGUAUGGAGACUGUAACCCAGCAGGCAUCACCCCCACCAAAGACGAGUCCCACCCCGGGUACCGCCUGUCCUCCUCUGGGGCCCUGGGUGGGGGGUCCGAGGGGACGUCGGGACGAGCUGAACCCACACACUGGUGCAUGAUGGUCCGCGAGAACGGCGUCAUGGAGGUCAGGAUCAAUGUCGCUAGUUUAUCAGCAUAAUAUUAACAAUAGCUGUAUCAAUACACAUUGUAUUGUAAUCAUUUAGUUUACAUACUUUACACAGCUGUUAAAAUUCUAAUACUGUUUAAUGCCAACAUUUAUACUAUACUAUACUAGUUAUUUAGAGGUUGGAUAAAAGCCUGGGAACUUUAGUCUUAUGCUCAGAAAUCCACAGGAACUGUGGCCGUAGCAAUGAGUGACACCACAACCGACAGGUGAACUUUUUCUACAGGAUAGAGCUAUAGUAAAACAACUUCUUCCUGUUCUCUAGAUCUACCAGCUACCUGACUGGAGACUGGUGUUCCUGGUCAAGAACUUCCCUGUUGGCCAGAGAGUGUUGGUUGACAGCUCCGCCGGCCAAUCAGCAGCCCAGGGGGAGGGGAAAAAGGAGGAAGUGACACGACAGGGAGAGAUCCCAUUGGUCAAAGAGGUGGUCCUGGUGUCGCUCGGCAACAACCACUGCAGACCCUACCUGCUGGUGAGUUUUCAGUACGGGUAUUAAAGUAGAGUGACUGAACACCAGAAUAUGUAGCAGUAGUACUUAAUUGAUUCCAAUUUGGGAAAUUGCUUUAGACAUAUGAGGCUGUAUGUUCCGUUUCUUUCCCAGGUCCAUGUUGAACAGGAGCUUCUGAUCUAUGAAGCGUUCCCAUACGACCAGCAGCAGGCUCAGAGCAACCUGAAGGUCCGCUUCAAGAAGGUAAGAAGAGCAAGGUCAUUGGACAAGAAAAGUCAACAACUUUUAGGACUGCUUAAUCUGUGUCUGGGAAACCAGUCCCAAAAUGUCCAUUCAACACUGAUUAUUAUGUCUACCAACUGUUCUCCUGUCUCGUCUCAGAUGCCCCACAACAUCAACUUCCGGGAGAAGAAGUCGAAGGUGAAGAAAGAUAAGAAGGCUGAGGGUCAGGCUGGUCUCAGCGAGGAGGGGCCAACAGUGGUCAAAGGUCGCGUGGCCAGGUUCAGAUACUUUGAGGAUAUCUCUGGCUACUCUGGGGUAAGAGGUUCUCUACUUACAAGACUAUAUAUACAUCAUGGGUAACGAGGGGUACACUUUUGGAUACUCAGGUUCCCUGCAAGAUACAUCUUGAAGGAGAGGUACUGCUGUGUACACAGACUUUAUAUAUAUAUAUACUGUAGUUCUGUGUGUUCAUGUGUUGUUUUCUUGUUUGUGUGUCAGGUGUUCAUCUGUGGCCCCUCCCCUCACUGGAUGCUGGUGACAUCACGGGGGGCGAUGAGGCUCCACCCUAUGACGAUCGACGGACCAAUCGAGUCAUUCUCCCCCUUCCACAACAUCAACUGCCCCAAAGGCUUCCUCUACUUCAACAAGCAGGGCGAGCUGAGGAUCAGUGUUCUACCCACGUACCUGUCGUAUGACGCCCCCUGGCCAGUCAGGAAGAUUCCUCUGAGAUGCACCGUUCACUAUGUGUCCUACCAUGUAGAGUCCAAGGUGUAUGCAGUGUGCACCAGCGUGAAGGACCCCUGCACUCGCAUCCCCAGAAUGACCGGAGAGGAGAAGGAGUUUGAGACCAUAGACAGAGGUGGGACUAGUAUAUGCAUUAGUCUGUCUCCAUGACGUGCAUUUCACUUUCUCAUUGGUUUAUAUCUUUGUUUCUUCAUUCAUUCUUCCACCAUUAAAAUUCCUUGGCGUUGUGUUCUCCUCAGACGAGCGCUACAUCCCACCUCAGCAGGAGAAUUUCUCCAUUCAGCUCAUAUCUCCUGUCAGCUGGGAGGCCAUCCCUAACACACGGUAACAACUGUAGCUACUGCAGCUAUCUGGAGCAUAGCCUCGAACAUGAGGCAUAUUCAUUAUAGAUCUGAUGCAUAUUUCUAAAGAUUGAUAUAGAUAUCUAUAUUUAAGCAUCUAGGGCGUAGUAGUGGAUGUCUGACCUCCCUGCUAUUAAACAGGAUUGACCUGGAGGAGUGGGAGCAUGUGACCUGUAUGAAGACGGUGGCGUUGAGGAGUCAGGAGACCGUGUCUGGGCUGAAGGGAUACAUAGCUGCCGGUACUUGUCUCAUGCAGGGGGAGGAGGUCACCUGUAGGGGCCGGGUGAGUCACCAACACUACUCUGACCACUGACUAGAGCCAGGACUACAUUUGGGCCCAAGGUAUGUCCUCUAAGUUAUAGUCUAAAGUAGGGUCCAGAGUUUUUCCUAGUCGGGUCAGGUGGUCACGAAACUCAGGACCUAUUAUGGAGUCCGACAGAUAGAUUAUGCCAUUUGAAAUCAUGAUGUUGAUUUAGUCUGGACUUAUUUCUCUCUCUACUGUUGUGUCCAGAUCCUGAUCCUGGAUGUGAUUGAGGUGGUCCCAGAACCCGGUCAGCCCCUGACGAAGAACAAAUUCAAGGUUCUGUAUGAGAAGGAGCAGAAGGGACCAGUCACAGCUCUGUGUCACUGCAGCGGAUACCUGGUCUCUGCCAUCGGACAGAAGGUGACAGACCCACCUCUGACUAUACACUAUAGAUGUCCCAAUCUAUAUGUAUUUCCCACCCACCUCUCAAAAUAAUUCUGUUCCGAUUUACAUUGUUUUCAUUGUGUGGCCAACAUGUUGCAGUUGAAUGUAUUUAGGAUAUUAUUGAAUUAGCCAUUAUUAUAAGAACUGUUCAGAAAUCCCUUUUAAGGAGCACAAGUACGGUACAUCAACCAUCUCUCCUGUAACCCUGAGACAAAGUCCUGGUUGUGCUUACUGCAUCUGUCUAUUCUGCUCUCUGUCUAGAUCUUUCUGUGGAGUCUGAAAGACAACGACCUGACAGGCAUGGCCUUCAUCGACACCCAGCUUUACAUCCACCAGAUGUUUAGCAUCAAGAACUUUAUCCUGGCAGCUGACGUCAUGAAGAGCAUCUCUCUGCUCAGAUACCAGCCUGAGAGUAAGACGCUGUCGCUAAUUAGCAGGGUAAGACAGCAAGGCUACAGGACUACUUUAGUAGUAACACUAGGCUAAACAAUGGAAGGUGCGCAAUCCAUUGCUACAAAGCUAGCUGGCUAGUUAGCUAUAGCUAUUCUGUAAGCUACCUUGACGUACUAGAAAGUAAUAUAAACAAGUUGAGAAGAAAGUAACUACAAGAAACAUGGUUUAUUAUCAUCUGAAGCAAUUUGGUUAUCCUGUCUUGAUUGUGGAAGUAAUAUUUUGCUAUCUCACAACAUGAAAGUAGUCCUGUGUAGCUCAGUUGGUAGAGCAUGGCGUUUGCAACGCCAGGGUUGUGGGUUCGUUUCCCACGGGGGACCAGUAUGAAGAAAAAAAAUUAUGCACUCACUAACUGUAAGUCGCUCUUGUAUAAGAGCGUCUGCUAAAUGACUAAAAUGUAAUGUAAAUGUAAAAUGAGAUGUCAAACCAUCAACUUCAAAGUACUGUGUUCAAGUAACACGGGAUUUAGUCUCUUCUGAUUGUCAUUCUCUGAGGGGUUUUGUUCCAUGUUAGUUUGUUGUUUAUGGAUUUAACUGUACAUCCCAGAUGAGUGUUUCUGUUCAUGAAUGAAAGAAAGCACCAUCUGUUCUUUCCUGUGUUCCCUUGUGGGAUCCCAGGGUUUCUUGUGUGUUGAGCUUAUCUUCUAGAGGGCAGUGCUGUGCUGGAGGGGAUAUUUAAAUGAUCAGGGUCGUUCAUGUUCGUUCCUCAUGCCAGUGUUUGAGUGUCUUCUCUUAAUGCAGGGUUCUUCAAUAUUUACCCCGCCCCCCCAAGAAAGAGGCGCAGCCAUGGGUGGGUUUGGGAGGGCAUAGGCCCACCCACUGGGGAGCCAGGCCCAGCCUAUCAGCAUGAGUUUUUCCCCCCAAAAAGGGCUUUAUUAAAGACAGAAAUACUCCUCAGCACCCCCCCCCUCCUCAGACGAUCCCGCCGGUGAAGAAGCCGGAUGUGGAGGUCAUGUGCUGGUGUGGUUACAUAUGGUCUGCGGUUGUGAGGCCGGUUGGACGUACUGCCAAAUUCUCUAAAAUGACAUUGGAGGCAGCUUAUGGUAGAGAAAUGAACAUUCAAUUCUCUGGCAACAGCUCUGGUGGACGCUCCCUCAAGUUGAGACAUCUGUGCCGUUGUGUGACAAAACUGCACAUUUUUGAGUGGCCUUUUAUUGUCCCCAGCACAAAGAUCAUGCUGUUUAAUCAGCUUCUUGUUAUGCCACACCUGUCAGGUGGAUGGAUUAUCUUGGCAAAGUUGAAAUGCUCACUAACAGGGACGUAAAGACAUUUAUGCACACAAUUUGAGAGAAAUAAGCUUUUUGUGCGUAUGGAACAUUUCUGCGAUCUUUUAUUUCAGCUCAUGAAAAAUGGGACCAACACUUUACAUGUUGCGUUUAUAUUUUUGUUCAGUGUGUGUGUGUAUAUAUAUAUAUAUAUAUAAUUUUUUUUUUUUUUUUCUUGGACGUAAGACUAAAAUCACCAGGAAAUGAGCUCUAAGCUAUUUUAUUUAUUUUAUCCAAAUGUAUCCCAAUGUAAUCAAGGUUUGAAAUUAUUCUGAUUUUGUCAAAUACUAUAUCUGUUUGGGAUUCUUGCGGUCAAUUUGCAGUGUACAACUUAUUUAUAACUAUGUUCCGGACCCCCGACCAUCCGCUCAAGGAAAAAUCAGCCCGCGGCUGAAUGAAAUUGGGGAGCCCUGUCUUAAUGGUUUUGUUUCGGUGUUUGGUUCCCUAGGAUGCCAAGCCUCUGGAGGUUUACAGCGUAGAGUUUAUGGUGGAUAACAACCAGCUGGGAUUCCUGGGUAAGGUUAUAUAACUUUGGUAGCUAAUCAGGAGAACUCUACCAGGCUAACUCUUUGGAUAGAGCCUAUGUAUGCCUAGACCUCGAAGUAAACCUUCUGUUUUCUCUACGUUUUAGUGUCAGACCGAGACCAGAAUCUGUCGGUGUACAUGUAUCUGCCUGAAGGUGAGUUAUAACGUAAACGUGGUAAUACUUCUCCUACAAGCAUGAAGAAUAUUGAAUACUCAGGUUAACCACAAAUGUUGUGAUACUUAUCCCACAAACAUCUGAAUAUCAAAUAAGUAUUGUGUCAUGAUCACUGAUCUGGUACUUUGUGUCCUGCUGUAGCUAAGGAGAGUUUCGGAGGCAUGCGUCUCCUGAGGAGGGCAGACUUCAACGUGGGAGCUCAUGUCAACGCCUUCUGGAGGAUGCCCUGUCGAGGGGCACUGGACACAGCCACCAAGAAGACCCUGGCCUGGGACAACAAACACAUCACAUGGUUUGGUACGACACAACUUUGACUUUGUAUUGACAGAUACAGGGUAGGAGUAGUUGUGAAGAAAGAGUUGUCUGAUGAAUCUUCUUUCAAUAUGUCUGAUCAAAUGCUCCUCUUGGUAUGUUGCGCCCAGAAUGAUCAACAUGUUAUAGUUAAUAGCUACAAAUAGGAUUUACAGGCGAUUUAGCAGUAACUCCUCUUCCCUCUCUCCCCACAGCAACUCUGGAUGGAGGCAUCGGGCUGCUGCUGCCCAUGCAGGAGAAGACCUACCGCAGAUUGCUGAUGUUGCAAAACGCUCUUACCACCAUGCUGCCACACCAUGCAGGAUUAAACCCCAAGGCAUUCAGGUAACUCCCCACACAAGGUCACUGAUAACUUUUGUGGUUUGUUAUCAGUAUUUUUCCCAUAAAUUUAAAGUUGGCUACACUUAAAUACUUUUCAGGCUUUCUGAUGCAACAAAGUGGCUUUUUAGAAAUGUGACACUUUGGGUAAAGACUAAUGCUAUGUUUUUGGAUCUCGUUCCACCAGGAUGUUGCAUGCUGACCGGCGGCAGCUCCAGAACGCGGUGCGGAACAUUCUGGAUGGAGAGCUGCUCAACAAGUACCUGUACCUCAGCACCAUGGAGCGCAGUGAGCUGGCCAAGAAGAUCGGCACCACCUCUGAUAUAGUGAGUAUUAAGUCCCUUCUUUGGCCUAGUUCUCUCGACAAAACUAGCUACGCAAGCCAAGGCAGAUGCAUCUUAAUAAUGUAGCUAAAUCCAAUCUAUAGUCCCCAUCUUAAUUAUGUGGUCCAAAUCAACUUGGCGCAAAUAACUAUUAGUUAUGAGAUAUUUGAAUCAAGUAUCCCUCUGUCCAUUUUAGGUCUUGGAUGAUCUUCUUGAAGUUGACAGGGUGACUGCUCAUUUCUGAGAGCAGCAUCCUUGAUCAGACCCCCUCAGCAUGCGCGAGACCCAGGAUCUUCCCCCAUUUCUAUUUUAUAUGAAAUGAAGAGGCUUUUUGUAUCUAUUUUCUGUAUGGAAAUGUGAGUUGUGUUUAAUCAAUUUUGUUCAGUCAUAAGGAGCUUGUAAUCAUGUUUCUUAAAAUAUUUUUUCUACAAAAUUGAUACAAUCCAGUGUUCAGAAUGUAUGUCUUUUUAUAAAACGUUAACCAUCUUGGUCUUUUAGGCUCAAUAAUUUUAGAUACACACAUGUAACUCACAAAUCUGUCAUGGACAUCAAUGCAUUAUUAUUUACACAAGCGGCAAACAAUUCCAAGGAGUGGUAGGGCACUUUAUUUAGUUGACAAAGUCUUUAAAAAUGAUUUAUGAAAGUAAUUUCUUCAGCAGCGUUAGCUUUUGUAGCAUUUUAUACAUUAGAUUAAGUUAUGCUCCCAAUAUUUCCUAAAAUUGAUGAACAUUUUACUUGUUAAAUGACUUGACUAAACUACAUACCUGCAGUAAAAGUAAUCUCAGAAUCUAUAAGCGCUAUGAUCCAGGUAAUGCAACAUAAGGUUAAAAAGCCUGAAUGUUCUAUUAAUAAUUCUAAAUAUCAAUCUGAAAAGGCAGACAAUCAGUCAAUGAUGGAGCAAUCUGAUUUGAAUCUCAUUCGUAAAGAUCUUGACUAAAAUGAAUCACUUUCGGGCUGUUUAACUCCACAUACUGGCGUCAAAUAAAACCCCCCAAAUAAAUGGCUGUGUUUAAUAAAAUAGUUAAUGUUGUGCCAGUUGACAUAUUCCUUGGCAGCACGGAGACCGUGCUCCUCAAUUUUUAUUUCACCUGCUGGUGAGUCACAUCCUUGGCUUGGAGCUGUAUUUGGUGCUUUUUGUCCUCUGACUGAUUAAGACAAUUGUACAUAAAUCUUCAUUCUGCCAAAGCAGAUUUGGUAUGUACUGUAGAUGUGGGAAAUGCAUAGCACUAUUGUGGCAGCCCAUCUAUCCAGAUAUUAAAAUACUUAUUCAGUAGUUAUCCUCCUGUCAAACGGGUUGCAUUUCUUGAGCUUUAAACAGGAGUCACUAGUAUCAGGUAUGCAGCUGAGGUAUGGUGUGUCAGGGUGUCAGCCUCUACUUCAGGUAUUGGUAAACUUCCUCGUCCAGCGAUAUGAGGUUAAAGUAAGACAACAGAGACAGCAGGGAUCGUGUCAGACUCAUCAUCGCCAUCUCUGACCUGGGAAGAUACAAUGAUUGAAGUUAAUGUUUUAGGCAAAUCUUUGUCACUAAAAAUGCUAAUUGUAUGUAUUUUGGGGAACGUCUGAAGACCUACCCAGCAGGGUCUACUGCUAUACACUGUGGCCAGUUUGAGGUACACCACCCCAUUCACAGAAAUGGUUUGUUCCUACAGACAGUGAGUCACGUGGCUUGGUAUAUAAUGCAGGCAGACUGGCAUCCAGUUACUGUUCAUUGAACAUUUAGAAUGGGCAAAACGAGUGACCGUGGGUUUGAUUGUUAGUUCCAGUAUCACUGAAAAGGCUGGCCUCCUGUGCUUUGCACGCACAACAGUUUCCAACAGGCGGGCCACAAAUUGGGAAAUAAUGUCGCAGUACAACAGUGGUGUGCAGAAUGGCAUCUCGGAACACACAGAUCAUUGGUCCAUUGCAGCAGACUACCACACCAGGUUUGACUCAUAUCAGCUAAAAACACGCAAUCACCAACACUGGACAAUUGCCUGGUCUGACGAAUCCCUGUUACGUUAUGCUGAUGGCAGUCAGGAUUUGGGGUAAGCAGCAUGAGUCAAUGGCCACAUCGUGCCUGGUGUCAACGGUACAGGCUGUUGGCGGUGGUGUAGGGGAUGUUUCCUGGCACACGUUAGGUCCCUUGAUACCAAUUACGCAACGUUUCCAUGUCCCGAAGAAUACAGGGUGAUCUGGAGGUAAAGGGGGAGUGGGUCAGACCCGGUCCUAGAUGGGUGUACCUAAUAAACUGAUUUUUGUGCAAAUAUUCUAUAAUCUGCAUAAAGAAAAUAUGCAUUUUCCUACCAGUGGUGUGUUUCCAAACUGACUUGUUGCAGAUAAAAAUCAGUAUGUGAUGUAGUACACAUAAUGUACUUUUUCACUUAAGUUUUCAUGUACCGAAUAAAAAGUCUGAAGUUCAAUGUGUUUCCAUCGCAUUCAACUCUGACAGUUGUCACAAACUUGUUAAAUAGCAAAUGCGCCUAAACUGGUCUUGACACUUGCGCUCUAGCCAACAGCUUGCAGAUACAGUGCGGUUAGGCUAGUCUACAUGAGAUUUAUGGAUAAGUGCGAGAAUAUUUGUCAAAUGGCAGUCAAGCAUCGAUUAUGUCACCAGAAAAGGACCCUUGAUAUUCAUUGGAAAGGAGCAUCAAGAUCACCGUGCACUUUCACCACCCUGUGAAGUUAAUAUUUUUUCCCAUCUGUAGCCUAAUAAACUGCAUGCUUUCCCGAGUCGUAGUGGGUAGAGCACACACACAAUAUCAUCGCGUGACUCCAAGUUUACUUCGAUAUGAUGGUUCAGUAUUUUCACAAAGGUGUUUCCACUGCCAUUUCUCAUGUUAAUUUUAUAGACAAAGAUCCCACCACGUCGAACGAACAAAUUCUGUCGCCAUUUAUACAAUUGUACCAAAACGUCCCAUUUCAAUCACAGCUGUCGUGAUUUAUUUUUUGUAUACUGUAUGACUUUACUUGCAUAAAAACGUGGUUACUGAGUGUAUAGUGUUGAGGAUAAUUCGUUACCUCAGGGCACACUCGAACUUAAGGCUCUCCCAGGUGGUCCGCACCCAUCGCAACACCCUGAACCUGGGAAGAACUCCCGGCCUCUCUGCCUGGAGCCGCCCCCAGCAUUGCACAGCGCUGGAGACAGGACAACCGGUUAGUAAGCACCUACAACUGCUGCUAUGUGAAACAGUCGUCUGUUCACCUCUUAGCCAUCACACAGUAUCUGUCCACCGGAGCCCCCAGCCUGAUGUUGCUGCUGAUACUAUACUAACCUCUUGGCCAUGACACAGUAUCGGUCUACCGGAGCUCCCAGUGUGAUGUUAAUGCUGCGGACCGUGUUGAUGUUCCUGAACACCAGCAGCAUGGGGCGUGGCAUGGACUUGAGCACGGCCAUGAUGUUGUCAAAGUGAUUGACAGCCAUGUCCCUCAUAUAGGAUGUCUCUUCACGACUCAGGAUGUUGGACAGGCCCACCUUCCGCAUGUUGAUUGGCCGUUGUAGCAGCAUCUCAGAGAAGAUGAAGUAGUCUGAUAGGAAUCAGGAUAUUGUAAGCAGGUUUUUAUUAGUCUGUUGUGAGACUGGAUUUGCUCAAGGCAUGUGAAUUCUGCUUAAAUUAAUGAAACAGUUUGAGCUUAAAUGACAGUUGUCCUCGCACCUUUGACCCCCAAGAUGUUGGAGUACCUCUUCAUGGCAGCGUCAUCUCUCAGGACUAUGGACCUCCACAGUUUACACAGCGCUACCCUGUCACUACAGGGCCAAAGGUCAAGGGUUAGAGCUGAUAGUAAAAGUUGUAUCAUUAAAUAUAUACAGGACUACAUUGCAAGGUUGUAGGAUGUAAAAUGUAUCCACACACUACUGUGAGUUGCUUUGGAUAAAAGUGUCUGCUAAAUGGCAUAUUAUCUUAUGAACCUUACAUUUCACUGAGGUAUUCAUACAGGCCGUGAUCCAACAGUACUAGCUCUGCCUUCUUGUCUGGACCUCUUCUCACAAGCACUGUGACAUGGUACAGAUAACAUGCAUUCAAGGUCACCAAGUCAUUUUAAGCAAAUAUUGUUGUACUGUACAGUUAUUUGUUGUUAUCAACUUGACCUAUUUAAAAAGUUCUCUGAAAAACCUCUUGUAAACUGGCCUGGUACAAGUUACACAAAUCAAUAAAUGAGCAUCUUAACAGUUCAGUAGAAACUGUAAACAUGCCCCCUGAUCUACCGUUGCCAGGGUGAGGGUCAGCGUGGAUGAAGCCAGUGUAAAAUAUCUGCUCUGCAAACGUACGGAUCAGCUUGUCAGCAGUCUGAAAAGCCAGGGAAAACUGUUUACACAUUUAUCUGAGUACUAAUGAUCAUAGACAAAGGUUAUUCUAUUGUGUCACGAUAGACACUUACAUCUCUCAAGCUAAGUCCUUGUCUUUUGAUUUCUUCCAAAUUGUUGAUUUUGCAGCCUUCACAGAACUCUGCAGUCAACACUCUCUAAAGGAAAAUGGUUUGUUUAUUACAGUACAAUAAUACAAAAGUGGUCAAAAAGGUUUCAAAGGAUGCGUUUAGACAGGCAGCUCAAUACGGAUAUUUUUUUCACUAAUUAGUGUUUUGACCGAUCAGAUCAGCUCAGAAAAAGAUCUGAUGAAAAAGAUCUGAUGUGAUUGGUCAAAAGAUAUGGAAAUUGGGCUGCAUGUUUGAAUGCAGCCAUUAUGAUUUUCAGCAGUCUCUCACCUUGCUGGUUUGGUCCCAGUACACUUUUGGCACGACAACAAAUUUGAAGUGUUUCAGUUCCUCUGCACAUCUCUCAGAGUUCCUGGCCUCAUUUUCAAAGUCCAGCUCCUGAGCCAAUGUCCCCUUCAAGUCCUAAAAUCAGAGAAUGCCAACAUUAGGUUAGUUUAGGGGACAAUGUCUAGGGCUGUAUCUAAUCAUGCUCUGCGGGGUAUUAUCUGAUGAGAAUGUCCCAUAAAAGUAAGACAGUUUCUUACCAAAUUUGAGCCCUUACCUUGAGGACCCAUCUGAAGCCGAAGCUGGGGUGCAUGAACUUUAUAACAUCCAGAAGGAUCUCCAGAGUCCUGAUGUCACCAUUGAACCGAUCCCGGAUGUCUAUGUACUGCACCUGGGGAAGAGAGAGUGGUUAUUAUUCAGAAUCAGGAGAGCUACACCUGGCCUGGUUUAACCAAAGUGUACAGUUUGGUUUAACCAGUCGUGGUGACCCCUAUUUAAGAGUGUAAAUCAUACACAGUAUACUAUUAAUUCUGUGGCUGAAUGUGUUGUACAGUUAACCUGAACUCACUUUGACCGCAACAGGAGUCCCAUCCUGCAGCUCUGCCUUGUGGACCUGGGCCAGACUGGCUGCUGCGAUGGGCUCAUAGUCAAACUUCUUAAACAUCUUGUCUGGAGUCGUGUUGAAGUCCUCUAUGAACAGAGCAUCAACCUGGUAGAACGUGACAGAUCAUUUAAUGUAAGAAUGUUCCUUAACGCUUUUCAUUAUAAAAUGGCUAGUUCUAGCCUCACAUUAUGAAUGGUGAAGAGGCAUUCAAAGCUGUGACAAAACUACAAGAAUGGCUCUUUUAUCACUUUCACUACAGCCUCUUGUAUCUUAUUUCUUCAUUAACUGUUCUUCAAUGUUUGACAAGACAAAGUACUGCAGGUCUCACCUCCUUGUAUCUCCUGUUGAGAGCCUUAUCCUCCAGGACCUGCAGUGUCUUGAUGUACUCAGGAGGCAGCAGGUGAUUGAACGCACACAGGCCCUGUCCCAGUUUAACAUAUAUCCCCCCGUUCUGCACCGCUCCCGCCACCAUGCCGUCUGCUGCCCUCUG